AUGCAGUGGAAGCAUGCAUCGUCACCUCCUCAUAAAAAGUUCAAAGCCGUGCCGUCAGCAGGCAAGGUGUUGCACACCGUUGUUUUCGACGUUCAAGGUCCACUACUUGUGGAAUUCCUCAAGCACAGAAAAACCAUUAACUCCGUUGUGUACAGUGAGACACUCCAACGCCUACGCAGGUCCAUCAAGAACAAAAGACCGGGGCUGCUCACGGAGGGUGUGGUUCUUCUCCAUGAUAACGUGCGUCCACACGUCUCCAGAGUCACACACAUGGAACUGUUCAAGUUCAAGUGGGAGACGUUGGACCAUCCGCCCUACAGUCCGGACAUGUCGCCCUGCGAUUUCUAUGUAUUUGGUCCACUGAAGAAACACCUGAAAGGAAAGCGCUUCCACUCGGACGACGUACUCAAGGAUGCUGUGAAGGAUUGGUAUAUUGAAACUUUAAAAGACUAUGAAAAUAAGAAUAUUAUAGAGAAAGUUAGAUGUCCUAAGGAACCUGUUGAUAAACCUGUGUUCUAUUUGCCACAUCAACCAGUUUUUAGAGAGGAAAGUGCAACUACAAAAAUGAGAAUA